AUGUUUGUUUCAGGUCUCCUCUUUCAUAGAGCGAUUUUGAUGUCCGGAUCUGGACUCAGCCCGUGGUCUUUGGUGGCCGACCCCAAUAAGUAUGCAGCAAUUGUGGCAACACACGCCAACUGCUCACCAGACUUGACACCCCCAGCGCUGCUGCGAUGCUUAAGAGAGCGACCAUUAGAGGCAUUGCUCUCCGCACCAGUUCAAGCGCCUGACUUCGCUUAUGCCUUCGGGCCGAGCGUCGACGGUGUUGUUAUAGGCAAGUAA